AUGAAUGGUCUCAGGACGCAACCCGCGCAGGCGCGCCGUCAGGUGUAUGUCCCGAAACUGGAUAUCUGUUCAAAUUGCAUGCUUCAAUCAUCGAAGGAUGGCCCACAAUUGCGGCUAUGCACUGGUUGCCAACAAGCGGCAUACUGCUCAGAGGAAUGCCAUCGUGCAGACUGGAGAAAGCAUAAGGUCCAAUGUAAACAAACGGAUAGGAUCAUUUUUGAUUCUUUUUAUCCAUUCCUUGCGUACAUAGCGGCCUCGUUCAGGGAGCCGUAUAAUUGUGCGAUGCAUCCAGCGCUUCAUCUGAAGGUCUCCAACAAAAUUGAUAUCAAUUCGCAAGCACACCCUCUCGUUCAUCUUGAGGAAAACGGCCCCUCCGCGACACCGGUAUUUCUUUCCCAAGAUAUCCGUGGUACGGAAAGCUGGUGGCCACUUGCACCGUCAGUUAGAAGCAUGGAGAAGCUAUGGAAGCGCAUUGCUAACGAAGGCAUGCUUGUGGCCACUCUGCUUCCGAUCUGCAUCGCAUUAGUCUCCGAGAUCUAUACAACCUCAGCAAUUCAACCUUCACAAAACACUACACCCAAUCGAUGUGCUAGGCUAAAUUGUUGCGAAAAGCCUGUCACCGACUUUGGCAUUGUUCAAGGUCGCGCGUUUGUGACUGGUGUUGAUAGGCUGCUGUAUCACUUAACCGAUAUCAAUUACCCAUGGCACGGCCAAGACCCAGAUGAUCACUAUAGAAUCUAUAUCAGAACAUCGGGAAAUGCAGAGUGGUAUCUGGAUCUGGGCAUGUAUACGUUCAACAUGGCAUGUGUGGUUGACACGGCUCCAUACCGCAAGUAUAAUCUAGCCGAGUGCAGCAGGACUGUCCCAGGGUACUUUGUUGACAAGAAGUGGACCAAACCUUGUGGUGCGCACAGCCUGUUAUUCGAACCUAAACGUUACAUGUCUGUUCUCCGGGACCCAAGAGCACAUCGUAUCUCCCUGUCGAACGAUUUUGGACGGGAAUCUGUGGCUGACAUCGUAUCGAUGAUGGAAGAAAUCGCUGGGAGAAGGUGCCGCAUGCAUGAAAUUGCAUAUGCAAGCGAAUUUCUGUCUUUGGCUAUCAAGGCGCUGCGACAGAACAUGUGCACAAGGGACUGGGUAAACUUUUCUCCAUCGCCCAAAGUAGAUUUUGAGACGGAUGAAGAUGAAGAAGGUGUUAUGGAUGCGACUCCAGAAAAGGAGGCCCUGGUACGUUUCACCAAUCGCUGGGCAAAGAAAGUGAAGAAGGGAAAGGAAACCCGAGAGCACUUCAGUGAAGUAGCUCAUAACUUAGCGAACUUGCCACAGGAUGUCAGGUUAAAAAAGUUAGGCGUUCAGAACUAA